UUUUAAAUGUCCAGGCUUAAGAGUCAGAGGCCAUUCCCCAGCGUCCCUUCGGUUUUCCUAACAACGACAAUUAUUAGAUGUUUGCAAUUGUCAAGCCUGUCAUUUCGUUAUUCUGCAAAGUGUGGGGACUUUACGCGUGGAGUGGCUCAUUCUGCCUAAUUUUAUUACUUACUUUUGGCCCUAAAUAAAAUUGUCACUACCCUCCCAUCUAGAGGCUAAUUAGAGUUGCUCGCUGCAUGGCCCAGAGGUGUAAUUACAAGUCCAGCUUCCAGUUGUCCGUGUAAAUCCAGGCCCUGCCUGCAAGUGCGUAAUCCCACAGUCACUUACGUGGAGUUGACGAAUACUUCUCCCCGCAGCCUGCUUCUCUGGUGACUCUCCGUCAGCCUAAUAACUCACUCCGCUGGAUCCUGCGGUCUGGCUCGCGAAUUUGUGAAUCCCCAGCUCCUGUGACCCUUUCCUUAGACUAGGAGAGCCCAGCUGGUGUUCGUUGAGCGGCUUUGUGACUCCCAGGGUGUGGAUCAGGGAUGAGUGCGUGGCUGUCGGUCCCGCACUGUCCUUCCUGCCCCGUGACAGACAUUGCUCCUGCAUAGCAGCGUCCACUCUUGGCGGGGCUCGGGGAGGGCUCGACGGUGAUGUCGACGAUCCUCAGGAAGGAAGCUGAGAGUUGUCUGUGCAGGGAAGUCCGGCCGGGAGAGGCGUCAGGGCCGCAGGACUUCGUCCCUUCUGUGAGUUCUAAGAAUGUGCCACCACCUUGGAGUGGCCCAGGCCCCUGCCUUCAGCUCUCAGGCUUGGGUGCCUCCCAGACCUCCAAGCUCAUGCAAGGUGAGAUCUGCAGAAAGACCCAUCCCUGUUACUCCCCAACUCCCCGACAGCACUUCAUUUGUCUUUCUUUAAAAUCGGGGUCACGAGCCUACAUGUCACAGAAGCCUCCCCUUUACCUCAACAGCAUCUUUGCCCUGGAUAUCCUGAGGCCUAUGCUAUACACAUUGUAGCAUUCCUUUACACUCUAGUAAGAAUGAGCUCUGGACCCUUUCCCCAGAAUAGACUGGGACGAGGGGGGAUGAGGAUUGGGAGCAAUUUUCUCUGCGUCCACCCAUAGUGGCCUUGUGGCUUUUAACACCCUGCUCUUCCUCUUGUGCGUGCCCUGCCUCACUGUCCUUGGGGUGCCCCUCGUGUGUACCUGAGGAGGCCAAGCCAGGUCACGUGCUGCGGUGUGGGAGAUCACGAGUAGCAGAGCAGGAUUUGAACCUGGGCCACGGGGCUCCGAAGCCUGUGCUUGGCCUGCCAUCCUCUAGACUUCGGAAUCACUCGCCCCCCACUGCAAGGGUGUUGGUGUCCCUGCCUUUGCUCCCUGGCUUCUCCAGCCGCCUCUCCACAUCCCUCCUUGGAAGGGUCACCUGGUGGCGAUGCCUGGGGCACAGGCCUGAGAUAGCAAGGGUUUGUCCGGCAUUGAGCUGCAGCUGAAGGGAGAGAGGGGUGACUGCAGCCUCUGGGGUGCUGGGUAGGCCUGGGCUCCCGAGAGGGGGUGGAGACAGCUUAGUGAGCCUCACGGCUGGAAGGUGCUCCUGCAGCACCCUCUGCACUCAGCCGUUGCCGUGCUGGCUGCACAGGAGGUCCGCCUCGAGGCUCAUAGUCGGGCACUCAGGUGCACCCCAGGCCAAUGACUGGGGACAGGGCAGGGAGCCAGGAUGCAAAUCCUCUGGGUAAUUCCAGCGUGUGGCCACAACUAAGGCUGCUCCAGCAAGGGAGAGGAGCAAACCAAGGCCAGUCUUCACCCCCAGAGCCCCUCAGUUAUUAAACGAAGCCUGCUACUAAUACUGUUGUCAUCACAAGGAUACGUCAUAGCAGCAGGGACUCUGGGUAUGCCGGCUUGGUGCUCCCACUCAUGUGCGUCCGUCCUCCCAGCAGCAGGACGCCAGGGGGCCUUGUCUCCCAGCACGGGGCUCACCUGUGUGUUGUGUUCUGGACCAGGUGCUUGGAACGACUGAGUGACCCCGGAGGCCUCUGGCCAACCUCGGGGUUGGGGGGAUUACCUGGGGUUUGAUGGACACCAUGGUCGGGAUGGGCCCUUGGCAUCCUGACUUCUCUUUCCACGCCCUGUGGCUGGCCAGAAACCUCGAUUUCUGGCAACCUAUGUGAGGCUUUCUGCCUCACCGGAGGUGGCACAUUGCUUCUCUGCAAAGGUUUCUUGGCACAAGGUGCCAGAGGGGGAGAAGACAGGCAGAGAUGGCACUGGUGGGCCCCCGUUUGAAGGCUUUCUGGACAGGAGGUUUUCUUGGCCCUGAUCCCCUAGAAGAGCCUGUGCUGGUCUCUCCUAUCAUCUCCUCCCAUCCAUUUUCUUCUCUGUCAAAUGGGCGCAGUCAAACCUAGCCCGUUGCAAGAAGAAGGAGCCCAUCGGACCUCACCUGCGCGUCCCUUCUCUUCCCCUAAAUUGUUAGCCUUCCCCUGGAACCCAUGUCUUCCCUGCUCUGAUGUGUUUAUUGAGGUAUAACUACAGGCACCAAGGUGCACAGACAUAGCGUAGGCCGUGAUGAGUUUUGGCAAACGUGUGUAUGGGACACUCGUCCAGACUGACCCGACAGCCCCCCAUCCCGGGACAGGUCCCCCGGCCCCCUUCUGGUCUGUGCCCACCCCCUGGAGCAGACACUGCCGGCCGGUCUUUCCUAGUGGAGAACUUUGCAUAAAUGAAAUCACACUGUAUGUUUGCUGUGACUGGCUUUUCCCGCUCAUUCUCCCGACUUUGAGCCCCAUCGCGUGGUGUGGAUCCGUAGUGAUGCCUUUGUAUGGGUGCGUCCUAUUCCCUAGCGCAGGGGAAGCUCGGGGUGGCAACGCUCACCAAGGCAAAGGAACUGUAAGGGGCCACGCUGGACCCAGAGAAUCACCGUCCACUGGUGGAACGCCAGCUGCCGCCGUUGGGGGGGAGCGUUGAUAACCUGCAUCUGGGCCUCGUAGACGGGUACCCCAGACCCGGACGUCUGUCUGUCCAGCCCCAGCCAGGGGGGACUCUGCAGCGGAGUCCUUGAGACCCCGCAGGCUGCACCUCUGGCGCCGCCCGGCACCCAUGCCAGCCCGCCUGCUCGCCUCACCUGGCGUGCAUUCCUUUGCAGGGAAUGAGGAUGUGGGUGACCCCAGACAGGUAUGAAUCAUGUCUGGGGGAGGCGGUUACUCAGAGGCCCUAGCAGUGAGGCCGCGUUCCUGCCGGCUGACGGAGGGCUGGGGCCUCGGAAUGGGGCUGUGGGUCGGGGGUUGGAGCAGGUCCCCCUGGGGAGUGUGGGGCUGGCACCCUGGGGGCCCCGGCUCGCCUUCUCUGCGGGAGGAACAGACCCCACAGAACCGCUUCAGAGGCCGGGGCCGCUUCAGAAUCGUGGUGGCAUUGCUGUUGUGGCUUUUGCACCCCUGGUCCUUGCUUCGGCCAUAAAAUGGGGGGUGGUUGCAGUGUUCUGGCUCCCUGGGGCUGUGUGUGGCAACACGAUUCGGUCCUGCCGUCGCUGAUGCCAGCCGCCACGUCACAUGGAGCCCUCGUGGGAGCCGCUGUGACUAGACCUGUUUUCCGGAUGGGCAGACUGACGUGCGGAGGACAGAAGGCGCUUGCCCAAGGGCACGCGUGCCCACCAUGAAUUGACGGAGCUACAUCUGGAUUCCGUUGAAACCACCUGUGUCCUCACUGCCCUACCUUCAGAGCUGGAGUUUGUUGAGAUCACCAUCAUCGUGGUGGUGGUGAUGGUGAUGGUGGUGGUGAUCACGUGCCUGCUGAGCCACUACAAGCUGUCUGCGCGCUCCUUCAUCGGCCGGCACAGCCAGGGCAGGAGGAGAGAAGACGCCCUCUCCUCGGAAGGAUGCCUCUGGCCCUCCGAGAGCACGGUGUCGGGCAGCGGAAUCCCGGAGCCGCAGGUCUAUGCCCCUCCGAGGCCCACCGACCGCCUGGCCGUGCCCCCCUUCACCCAGCGGGACCGCUUCCACCGCUUCCAGCCCACCUACCCGUACCUGCAGCACCAGAUCGACCUGCCGCCCACCAUCUCGCUGUCGGACGGGGAGGAGCCCCCGCCCUACCAGGGCCCCUGCACCCUCCAGCUGCGGGACCCGGAGCAGCAGCUGGAGCUGAACCGCGAGUCGGUGCGCGCGCCCCCGAACAGAACCAUCUUCGACAGCGACCUGAUGGACAGUGCCAUGUUGGGCGGCCCCUGCCCCCCCAGCAGUAACUCGGGCAUCAGCGCCACGUGCUACGGGGGCGGCGGGCGCAUGGAGGGGCCGCCCCCCACCUACAGCGAGGUCAUCGGCCACUACCCGGGGUCCCCGGCCUUCCAGCACCAGCAGAGCAGCGGGCCGCCCUCCUUGCUGGAGGGGACCCGGCUCCCCCACGCACACAUCGCCCCCCUGGAGAGCACAGCUGCCUGGAGCAAAGAAAAGGAUAAACCGAAAGGGCACCCUCUCUAGGCACCCCGGGGCCGGGGCAGCGGUAGGGAGAAGACAACACGCUCCGCACCUCUUAGACGAGAAGACAGAGGAGGACCGGGCGGCAGCCACCACACGCGGCGCGUAACCAUCCUCUCCCCCCUCUCUGUGUAUAAAUAUUUACAUGUUCUGUGUGGUCUGAAUGCACAAGCUAAGAAAGCUUGCAAAAAACCACGUUUCUUUGUUGAGCUGUGUCUUGAAGGCAAAAGAGAAAAAAACAAAAACAAAAAGCAACACACACACACACACACACACACACAAAACCUACCCUAGUCUUUUCUGUUUCUAGUUGAGCUGCGUGCGUGAAUGCUUCUUUUCUUUUGUUUGUUUAUGAUGAUUUCACUUAACUUUAAAGACAUAUUUGCACAAAACCUUUGUUUAAAGAUCUGCAAUAUUAUAUAUAUAUAAAUAUAUAUAAAAUAAGAGAAACUGUAUUGUGAGGGCAGGAGUAUUUUUGUAUUAGAAGAGGCCUAUUAAAAAAAAAAGUUGUUUUCUGAACUAGAAGAGAAAAAAAAAUGGCAAUUUUUGAGUGCCAACUCAGAAAGCGUGUAUUACCUUGUAAAGAAAAAAAAAGUACAAAGCAGGGGUUUAGAGUUAUUUAUAUAAAUGUUGAGCUUUUGCACUAUUUUUUAAUAUAAAUAUGUCAGUGCUUGUCUGAUGGAAACUCCUAUCAUGUCUGUCGAGACUUUUAAGGGAGAAAUGUGGAAAUUUCACAGUCGGCGUCAGGCAGAGGGCGGGCUCGACACGGAGUUUGGAGAGCUUUCCGGAGGGGCCGCUUUCCUGCGAAGUGGAAGCUUCUGGCUAGCGAUAGGUUGUUACCUCGUUAUACAUUCCCCACCGAAGGAGACAGUUUCCCCCUCUGGGCCAGAACAGCCUUGGGAUGGCAAACCCAUAGGGAAGUUACCCUAGGCACCAAGUUGCAGGUGGUGGCUUUGCCUUUCCCGAGAUGAAAAUAAACUUCUGGAAGAAUCUUAGUUUUUCCUCCUGUUUUUUUUGUUUUGUUUUUUUAAAGCAUGAAGCCUCCCCCCCGCCCCCACCCGUCUCCAGCCGCAGCUGCUCCCCGCACGUGUUGCCGGGGACCCCCCUUCCCCUGGCCCCCCAGAGGGGGCUUGGGUGGCUGCUUUGCCCAGAGCGCUUUGGGGCGAUGCGCUGGCUCCAGGAUAUAUCAGCUGAGGUCGGUCGGUGGAGGCCACCGACAGGUCAGAAAGGCCCAGAGUAUUAGGAAUUUGACCUCGUUCCUGUCUUUCCUCUUUACGUAGCAAUUCUCACCUAACAGGCCAACAAACGGAACCCCGGAGAUGAAAAAGCGACAUGCCCCGAUCUCUCCCAGGACAUGCAAAAGGGUUAAAACGACAACAACAAAAAAAAAACAGUCGAACCUGUGCUUUUAUGUUUUCGAAGCACAAUUCGUUACCUUCUGCUCUCCCGCAUUUUCGUUCCCUCUCCCCGUGGAAACAAUCAUGUUCGAUGUGCUUAUUUAUCUGUGUUUUCACAGCCUCUUUAGCAGAUACAAGUCUUGUCUACCAGGAUUUUCCUGAGUAGGCUGCAGUGUGGCGGGAUCCCCUGGUGGUGCGCAGGUGAGGGCGCGUGAGCGGCGCAGGUGUGUGCGCGGUGGCGACAGGCGGGACAUGGAGUGGGGGUCCCUGGGGUCGACCAGGGACAGUGGCUGGAGCUGCAGGUUCUUCCUCCCGCUGAGGACUUGUUCACAUUCCAUGGGGUGAUCCCCCAGAUGGAAGAGCAGCCCCCCGCCCCCCCCCCCCAAGCCCCUCCGCACGGAGCUGUGUUUUCAUUUUGGCAGAACACUAACUAGCAGACUAACAUAAGAGGAGGCAUCCGGGCAAUAACUCUUGUUUUUAAGCAACUUUUUUAUUACUUAAACGCCUGAGAACAGUUUUGAGGUUCUGACCAUUUGGACUCUAUUUCUACGUACCCUUCCCCAACACGGUGACCAAGAGAUAAACACGGGGUCUGAGUGGCCGCCGGCCAGCCUGGUGGAAAGUUCUUGUACUUUGACAAUAACACCUGCCUCUCCGUGGCGAGGUCGGGGCGGUGGUGGUGGUGGGGGGGGGGUCUUCAGCCUAAACUUUGCUUCUCAAAGAGGAUUCUUUUCAGAAGUCGUGCAGAAACAUCGGUAUUAAUUUGUCCUAAAAGGUACAGGGACACAUUUAUAGAUAAAAUUUUUAAAAACUGUAGCUUUCCUCUAUGUGAAGAGCCUCCCUAGUGCCUUACUGAGGAAGGAGUGCCCUCUUGUCACCAGAUGGGGGCAUCCCUGGACAGUGACACCAACUCCCCAUCCCCACCCCCUCCACCCCUCCGCCCCGGGGACUGACCUUCCCACUCUAGGUCAACAAAGGGCUGCCACUUCUCAAAUCUCCCCAUCGCCCUGCCCUCCCGUGUCCCACCCACGCACCCACCCACCACCGUCUUGUCAGAUGCGGUGUUUGACUCCCAUGUGACUUGUAAGCCUAGAAGUGGCCCUGGACUGUGCGGGUCCCCAGGUCUGGAGCCAAGCUGUUGGAAUCCCAUUGGUUGGUGGUGUGGUCUGCAUUUGGGGUGUUUGGAAGGAGGCGGGGGAGUGGCUCCCUGACCUCAGCUGGCUUGAGGGCAGAGCACACCCCUCCGAAUGCACCCCAGGAUUGCAGUCCAGGGCUCGAUGCCACAGCGCCCCUGGCCUUCAUGCCCGGCAGAUGCCGGUUGCAGAGGCUCAGGGCAGAGCAGCUUGUCCAAGUCGGGACACAUCCCCAGAAAACCUGGGGUGUGUGUUUCUGGAAACAGCUAAGCUCUUGGUUUCUCUGCUGGACCCCAGAGCUGGGGGUGCACUCAUUCCUCUGGAUGUUGGCUGUCGUGCCGUUAUCUCUGAAAAGAUUCCGAGCACCCCUGAGGAGACCUCCUUUUUCCAGUAAAAAGUCUGGGGGUCCUCAGCUGUGGCUGGUUGGAGGGGGACCAGGUUGGGCUUCCUCUACUCCUCAUCGUUUCCCUGCUUGUCCAUCACAUUUCCUACCCCCCCACCCCCGAGGAAGAAAGAGCAUUUCUCCCACAAAGGCCAGGUCUCCGCAGACCAACUUAGGAAGGGGCACUAAGCCAUCUCUGUCCCCCCCAAGCCCCGGUGUUCUUUGCAAAGAGCUGAAACUCCCCCCAGCCCACCCCCACCUCCCACCAUCUAGCGAACCCCAGGGCAGGGCAAGAACCGAGUCCAAUCCCUGUCCUCGUCUCCUCUCUGAAUUGUAUGUUCCAGAAAUCGUUCUCUACACGCACACAAAGCUUCCAGAUCCAUAAAACAUCCUGAUGAUAAGGAAAAAAUAAAAGUGUCUUUGUUUUGUUUAUGUUUGUUUGUUUCCUGGAAACUGCGCUUCAAAUUCUGCUGUACUAUAGAGCCCAGAAGGACACGCGUUCUCGUUUGCCUGCCUGAUUCCAUGGUGGUGUGCUGAUGGCACGCUUUUAUGUUGCGUUCUUGGCGUUGGAACCGCUCACCUUUGCAGCCCUGUUUUCCCAAGUUCUGUUCAAGUUAAACUCAUGUAAAUUCUCCAUGGCACGCUGGGUGCGGCGCCCACGUCGCUGCCGCGUAAGACUCUGUAUUUGGAUGCCAAUCCACAGGCCUGAUGAAAUCGCUUGUUGUGUAUCAAUAAUCAUUAGUGGCAAUGAUGACAUUCUGAAAAGCUGCAAUACUUAUACAAUAAAUUUUACAAUUCUUUGGAA